AUGGCGGAGUGGUUCAGCACUGUGCCUUGCAAGUCUGGCAACGCCUGGAUCCGGUGCGGAGACCUCUACAAGCCCACGGACAGCUCGGCCGCAGGCAUCGAGGCCUUCAGCCGCUGCGCCAUCUCGGAGCACCACUGCGUGAAGCGCCAGGAGCUGAGCUGCCAGGUGCCUCAGGGCGACUUCUCCCAGCGCCUGGAUUUGUCUACGCUCACUGGCACCUGGUACGUCACGCGGGGCUGGAACCCGCUCUUCGACUGCUUCGACUGCCAAGUGCAUGAGUUCGCGCUGCAGCAGGGUGAAAAGCCGCUGGCUGGGUAUCUCAGGUAUGCGGUGAAGAAGGACCUCAAGUGCGGCGCUCCGCACUGUGAGUAUCUGCCGCGGGAAGUGCACCAGAGCUUCGCACAGGAUCCCCAGAAACCUCGGCACCUGGUGAACCACAACAACUCGGCAGAGGAGAUGCACUACUCAGAUGACUGGUACGUCCUGGCAGCGCGCCCGGACGUGUACGCACUUGUGUACUACUGUGGCUGCAACGACGCCUGUUGCGGCUAUGCGGGGGCAGUGCUCUACACGCGAAGCCCAUCCUUCGGGGAUUUGUUGCCGGAGCACCAGGCGGAAGUCCGGCAGGCAGUGCUGGAGGCCAAAGUGGAUGGCUUCGAAUUCGAGGGGCUGUGCAAGCCAGAUGCUUCCGCCUGCAGUACAGAACUGUUGCAGGCAUGA